AUGGUCCAUCUUCACCUCGCAUACACCUCCAAGAUCAACCCAACAGGCGCCACACCGGUCCUCAAUGAAUCCCAGGUCUGGGCGGGGUUGCAAAGAAAGAUACGCUUCGCGCAGGAAUUUGUGCCCGUGAUUGAGUCUUGCAACGUGUUGGAGGAGAAAGAUGGCAUUGUGACGCGCGAGGUUAAAUUCAAGCCUGGUGCUGGUCCUAAGAAUCAGGCGAAGGAGGUCGUGAGGAGCUAUUGGCCAAGUUGGGUCGAUUUUGAGCAAGAAGAUGGCUCGCAUGUCCGUAACCUUAUCUCGAAUGGCUCGUCUGGCGGCCUAGACGACCUGCAUAUGACGUAUGCUUUUGAGUUUAUAUUCCCGCAUAUUCAGGAGGGUUCGCCGGAGGCAGAGAAGGAGCUGCAGAAGGUCAAGAGCCUGUCCAAGCAAGCGGUUGAGAGUAGUAUUGAUGCAAUCAGGCAGAUGGUGAUUGAUGGAAGGAUCAAACAGUAA